AUGUUGAAUUCUCUGUCGUCAGACUUGAGCAACUUAAUUAGCACCAAUCAUGGUGGGUUUUCAAUGGAAGAGGCAGACAAUGACAGGGCAUCUGACUCUGAUGGGACACGUAGAGCUGAUACCACCUAUAAUGUAGACACGUACCAUACAUUUGGCAAAGCCACAGGAAGUGAGGAAACGCCAUAUAAGGGAGGAAAGAAAAUGGAAAAGAAGCAAGAGGGAAACCAGCAGCAGCAGAUGGAGAAAAGGGCAGAGAGUGGUCAUGAGGACAAGAAGGUAAGCUUAGAGGGUCUCCCAGUUGAGGACAGUCCUUAUGUGAAUUACGGGGACUUGGAGGAUUACAAGCGGAAAGCGUAUGGAACUGAAGGCCAUCUUGAGCCGAAGACAGGCCGCGGUGCUGGUGCCACUGAUGCACCCACUAUUUCUGGUGGAGCUGCCUCCUCUGAGGCUUCUGCUAAAGUAACUGAUACAAUUAAUCGUCUAGGAGUCCCUUAA